AUGUUGCGCCACCUCAUUGCCCGUCACGGCCGCUUGUCAUCAGCUGCACUGGCCACGAGUUGCGUAGCUGCUGGCGCGUUUCUGGGCGCACAGCAGCAGCAGCAGCAGUCAUUCGCCGCAUCAGCCCAAGCUGAAGACGCGUUUCCGCGGGCCACACCUGUGGCCAAGCAGCCCAAGAUCAACGGUCUCAAGAUCUUCAGCGGUAAUGCCAACCACGAGCUGGCGGCCAACGUGGCGAAGCUCGUGGGCGUGCAGCUGGGCAAGAUCACAGUCGAGCGCUUUGCUGACGGCGAAGUGAACCUCAUGGUGCACGAGAACGUGCGGGGCAAAGACGUGUACAUUGUGCAGCCCACGUGUGUGCCUGUGAACGAGAACCUCAUGGAGCUGCUGCUCAUGGUGAGUACCAUGCGACGCUCGUCGGCGCGUCGGAUCACGGCGGUGAUCCCGUACUAUGGCUACGCGCGACAAGACCGCAAGAUGGCGGCGCGCGUGCCGAUCUCUGCUGCGGAUGUGGCCCGUCUUCUGGAAGCGAUGGGCGUUGACCGUGUGAUUGCAGUGGACUUGCACUGUGGCCAGAUCCAGGGCUUCUUUGGUCCACACGUGCCCGUGGACAAUUUGGAUGGAGGUCUCGUCGGCGUCUCGUACUUUGGCAACCACGAGCUGGUGAACCCUGUUGUGGUGUCCCCUGAUGCUGGUGGCGUAGCACGUGCCAAGAAGUUCCGAGAGUGGCUCGUGGGGAAACACGGGCUGCCGAACACGGGACUGGCCAUGAUCAUCAAGCAGCGCAUCAAGGCUGGCGAGAUCGACCGCAUGGACCUCGUGGGUCAGGUCAAAGGCUCGGACUGCAUCAUUGUCGAUGACAUGAUCGACACGGCUGGUACGUUGUGCAAAGCCGCGCAGCACUUGGCUGACCACGGAGCUCGCAACGUGUACGCGUUUGCAUCGCAUGGUCUGUUCAACGGCGCUGCGAGCGAUCGCAUCAAGGCGUCAGCGCUCAAGGAGGUUGUGGUUGUCAACACGACGCCGCUGCCAAAGAGCUGCGAGGGCAACGAGAAGAUUGUCCAGUUGGACAUUGCUCCGCUCUUGGCGCAAGCGAUUCAGAAUAUCCAUGGCAAGAAGUCGGUGUCCCAGCUCUUCCACUAG